AUGAAGACGUUGAUGCGCCAUGGGCUGGCUGUGUCUUUAGCGCUCACCACCAUGUGCACGAGCUUGUUGCUUAUGUACGGCAGCAUCGGGAGCGGAGGCAGCGGCGGUGGUGGCGGCAAUGACGGUGCCAGCGGCAGAAGGGCCUUGAAAGAGCAAGUCCAGCAGCAAGUGGCGGCGACCAUCCCCCUUCAGAACCCGGAGAACCAGCGGCCCUCGAGUACAGCCUUCCCGCGGCCUUUUCCCGGCCUCGCCGACCGUCUUUUGGAAGGCUACAUCAGCGUCCUGGAUCACAAGCCUUUGAAAAUGCAUUGCACCAGUUGUGCUCUAGUCACAAGCUCUGGACACCUUUUGCGAAGCCAUCAAGGGAAGAAGAUCGAUCAGACGGAGUGUGUAAUACGAAUGAAUGAUGCACCUACACGGGGAUUUGGAAAAGAUGUUGGAAACAAGACAACCUUGCGAGUUAUAGCUCAUUCCAGUAUCCAGAGGAUUUUGCGAAAUCGCAAUGAACUAUUAAAUAUGAGUCACGGAACUGUAUUUAUCUUCUGGGGCCCAAGUAUGUACAUGAGAAGAGAUGGAAAAGGAUUAAUUUAUAAUAAUUUGCAACUGAUGAAUCAAAUACUACCUCAGUUAAAAGUAUAUAUGAUAUCUCGACACAAAAUGCUUCAUUUUGAUGACCUCUUCAAGCAGGAAACUGGGAAAGACAGGAAGAUAUCCAACACUUGGCUAAGCACUGGAUGGUUUACAAUGAGUAUUGCCUUAGAGCUGUGUGACAAAAUAGACGUCUAUGGAAUGGUGCCACCCGAUUUCUGCAGGGAUUCUAAUCAUCCUUCAGUACCUUACCAUUAUUACGAACCAUUGGGACCCGAUGAAUGUACAAUGUACAUUUCACACGAACGGGGAAGGAAGGGAAGUCAUCAUCGCUUUAUCACAGAGAAACGAGUCUUUGAGAAUUGGGCCCGGACUUUCAAUAUUCACUUUUUUCAGCCAGACUGGAAACCAGAAGCACUUCCUGUCAAUCAUGCAAAGAUUAAAGUAGUAUUCUGA